AUGUCCUUACGCACGUUACGGAAAGUGCCCGAAAAAGCCCACAGUUCCGCUUUAACGAAACGUAGCGCACGUAAAUCUGACGCCUUCGCGUUCCAUUGUGAUGUCACGCGGCCGCCCGCACGGAAAUCGAGCUUCGGAGCUUCGGCGGCCAAACGAACCCGAGAGCGGAAAAAAAACGAAGAAGGGGAGCUGGACGGCUGCGGUGUGGAUGAAGUGGAUUUUCGCCCCGGUUCUUCCAAGCCCGUCAGAAACGGCUUCAAAGUCAAAGUGCUGUCGCCGUUCCCGAUAAACACCAACGAAGACGGGUCCCUGCCGUCCUCCCCGGACUCGCCGUCGAGCCGCCGUGCCCGGCUUCGAGGAGCCGCACCUGGACGGGCGGUUCGAGCAGGAAACCAGGGCGCUCGAAUCAUCACCUGGCUCAGCGUGGGUCAGGAAAUGGAGGUGGGUUUCGUGACGGACGUGGCUGAGAGCCUGUUCAGCGACGGGACCACGAACUGGGGCCGCGUGGUCAGCUUGGUGACGUUCGGGGCCGUGGUGGCCAGGCACCUGAAACAGAGCGGCCUGGAGCACUGCAUCGAGCCGCUGGGGGAGAGAAUCAGCAGCUUCCUCCUCCGGGACGAGAGAGCCUGGAUGAUCGAGAACGGAGCGUGGGAAGGCUUCGUGGAUUUCUUCCACAUGGAAGACCCAGAGUCCAGCGUGAGGAACGCUUCGAUGACCUUCGCUGGCCUUGCAGGUAUCGACGCUGGCAUCGUGCUGCUCAUGAGAUGAGGGGAGGGGGACUCCCUAAAGAUACUGGACUAUCGCUACCUGAAUGUCUGUCCAUUCAAAAAGACUUUGCUUCCAAGCCCCCUGUCAAAAAGUUAAACAUGGCUGACGGGUGUGCGGUUUUGAAGAACGCAGACUCUGCCCCGGUGAAAGGGAGGAGGAGGGGCACAGACCAGGGGGUCCAGAGAGAGGGGUUCUCCAGGCACACCAUUUUUAAAACUCAGUACAGU